AUGCUAGUUGUUGGCCUCACGGGCGGUAUCGCCACAGGCAAGUCGACCGUCUCAACACUCCUUCGCGAACGGAACGUGCCCAUUAUCGACGCAGACGUACUCGCGCGACAGGUAGUCGCGCCCGGCACACCUGCACUCAAACGCAUCACAGCGCAUUUCGGUGCGAACAUCUUGCAGCCGGAUGGCUCGCUCGACCGCGCAAAACUUGGGAGCAUCGUGUUCGCAGAUGAGACUCAGCGCAAGAAGCUUAAUUCCAUUGUGCACCCGGCCGUGAGGCGUGCGAUGCUAUGGGGUGUAGUCAAAUGUUGGGUGCGCGGCGAACGGGUGUGCGUCCUGGACGUGCCCCUGCUGAUUGAAGGGGGCCUGUGGAAGUUUGUUGCUCAUGUUGUGGUGGUUUACUGUUCCCCAGAGCUACAGCUGCAGCGGCUGAUGAAACGGGACAGCUCGUCACGCGAGAACGCGAGCGCACGUCUAAAUGCGCAACUGCCCAUCGCAGAGAAGGUUGAGUAUGCGGACGUUGUGAUAGACAACUCAGGGUCGCUACACGACCUCGAAGCGCAAGUCAAUUCUCUCAUUACUAAGAUGCAUAGACGAGCCGGGUGGACGUGGACAAUUGGCUGGUUGAUCCCUCCUAUAGGGCUAAUCUCCGCCGCUUGGACGCUGGUUUGGAGAGCCGUUGCACGAGCGAGGACAACGUCUAUAAAACAAAAGCCUGGUCUGACGUGA